CAUUGCAAGAGUGAGAGCCAAGUGCAGCUUUCACACACACUCUGCUCUAAACUGGCAUCUAUGGAGGAACUUGAUCUUCCUGGCUUUCGAUUCCAUCCAACAGAAGAGGAGCUUCUUGAUUUUUACCUCAAGAACAUGGUUUUUGGGAAGAAGCUACGUUAUGACAUCAUAGGAUAUCUUAACAUCUAUCAUCAUGAUCCUUGGGACUUGCCUGGAAUGGCUAAGAGUAGUGGAGAGAGAGAAUGGUACUUCUUCGUGCCGAGAGACAGGAGACGUGGCAGUGGAGGGAGGCCUAACAGGACUACUGUGAAUGGAUUUUGGAAAGCCACUGGCUCUGAUAGAAAGAUUGUGAGCUUGUCUGAUCCAAAGAGGAUCAUUGGAUUGAGAAAAACUCUUGUUUUCUACAUGGGAAGAGCUCCAAGAGGCUCUAAGACUGAUUGGAUCAUGAAUGAAUAUCGCCUGCCUGAUCAUUCUUGCCCUUUGCCUAAGGAUAUAGUCUUAUGUAAGAUAUAUAGGAAAGCAACUUCCUUGAAAGUUCUAGAGCAAAGGGCAGCAAUGGAAGACGAAAUGAAGUUAAUUUAUGCAUCAUCACCACUUUCUACAUUGGACGACAUGUCGUUUUGCAGCCAACAAGAAGACCCAAUGACUCAAAUAUAUCUGCCCCAUGUGUUUUUGAAGCAAGAAGUAGAAGAUUUGGUAAAGGUUAAAGACAGCAACAGUGAUGACGAUGAAAAUUGUAAUAACAAAGUGUAUGCAAGAGAUGAGAAGUCAAAGGAGAAUAAAGGGUCCUCUCUGCAAUUGCCAUUUGGAAAUGAGAAGCUGCCAGAGCUGGAACUGCCAAAAUUCAGCAUGGAUUGGAAUCAGGACACCAAUUUUUUGUUCAACAGUCCUUGGCUUCAAAGCUUAACCCAAAAUCUGACCCCUUCUGCCAACAUUUUGAAUUUCUAAAGCUAAUUAAUUUAUGUCUAAAAAUAUUAUGCAAAUAAUCUGAUCUUGCGAAUAGCUUUCUUCAUAGCUCAAUCAGAAAUCUUAAACCAUGUUAAAUCAAAGCCCUUAGGAGAGAGCUUUUUUUAACUUCUUUUUCUUUCUUUUUUUUUUUUUAAUUUUGUAGGAGGUUUAUUAUCUUGUUAAUGAACAACUUUUAAUCCA